ACGUGUGGGAGGGGAACGCCAUUCCAUUUCAUUAUCUUUGCUCGGUUUCCACUGAACACUACUGAGACACUCUUUCUCCACUCGCCACUUGGGGUGUCGGGCUCUUGUAGCCAUUCCAUUUCCCUUCAGCUCUCUCUCUCUCUCUCUCUCUCUCUCUCUCUCGAUCUCUUUCUCUGCGUGUGUGAGUUGGGGAGGGAGCGGCUGGUUUCAUCUGUUCUGUGUUUGCAAUGGCCUGAGAAUAGGGUAUAGGGUUUCUUUUCAAUCAUUGAGGAGAACUAGCGAGAGGAUUCAGCUUAUUGAGCCCCAGUCAGGGCGUUGAUGGAUUACAGAGCGGGUUACAUAGCAAGAGCUGGGAUUAAUUCGAGCUUAUCCAAAGGAAAAGGUCUCAGUACAGUUCAAUCCUUGGAAGGCCCCACUACUAUUGAUUUACCGUUGCUAGAUGAUCCCUCAUGCGGUACAGAGCCGAUAAGGAAAAUCAUGUCAAUUGAGCUUGCAAUGAAGAGGGAGCUAGCAUAUCGAAGGAAAAUGGAGGGGUUGAGUUUGCGGACUCCUGGUAACUCUAGGCAAUUCCCUCUGUGUUCCCAGGAUGCAUCAAAGUAUCCUAGUCUUGUUGGGGUAAAAAGAAAAGAACCAUCCAGCAACCAGCGAUGCUUGCCACCUCAACAACCAAAACCAUCUUACACUCCCCAGCCCCUUCAAAAGAAAGUACUUAGUUUUACCUGCGAGAAAUGCCAAGUUCCCUGCUCAAGUUUAUUCAAUCUUAAUCAGCACUUUAAAGGCAGUAAGCACAAGGCCAAACUUAAAGAGUUGGAGGGGAGUCGGAAGAAUGGUGAAGAGAAUGGUAAGCAACCACUUUGGUGUGAACUUUGUGGCGUGACUUGCACGAACUGGGACUGUUUGCAGCAGCAUCUUACUGGCAAGAAGCAUUUGGCUCACCUCCUAGCAAUUGAGGAUGCAAGGCAAAUGAGAGAAGAAGCUGAAGCU